AUGAGGGAGCCAGACCCAGAAAGAGAGAGAAAGAGAGAGAGAGAGGAUGCCAGAAACAAGAAGAAUACAGUCAUACUUGUUUCGAUGUUUCUCGUCUGCGUGAUUAGCAAUUUCACGCGGCCAGCUCGGGAUGCGGAUUGUUAUUCUAGAUGCUUCAGCGCUUUCCAUGCCAUUGGCCCGUCUGGAAGUGCCCCAGAGGAAGAGCAGCUAAAGCCCCGACAUAUGUCCGUCUGGCCGGCCGUCGUCCUGCUGGCCGGAUCGAAGUGCCAGUUCUGGUCUUCUACAGCCGUCUCUCUAUCUACACUGCCCGGCUGGGUGGGUAAGCCGGCAUAUCAUUUUAUUAGGAAGCCAGCUGGCGUUUUCGAUGUUUUGAUAUUAUUGCCAGCUUUCAUGAACCGGCCUGGACUACUCCGUACAGCGCAUAACUUAAGAAGACGAUGUGAGACAUGCCAGAUGAUCACCGCUCAGGAUGAACAAACACUACCGAGAAGGGAUAUGGAGUCCUGGACAUACCGUCAUUCUCGUCUAUCCGGCCUCUUCUGCCAAUCACGCUCUGAUAUACUUAUCUUCUCAUCUUAG